AUAAAACUCGUUCUCUCCUUUCAGUCACAUAGCAAGCGAUCACCUAUUUGCUGAAAAAGCUAUUCCCGCCCCCUUUACGGUUCUUUUCCCUUCUGUCUCCCCUUUAAUCUAUGCAACACGAAUUCCAGCUAGCCGACUACUAUGCUAACUGCAUACACCAAGGGCAAGGAAAUUCCUUUGCAAUAAACAAUAGCUGUCUUCCACCCCUUUGGCUGCAACUAGGCAAGGUCAGUCCCGCUGCGGCAGCAGCUACAGCGCCUGGAAAAGACCCCCGCCUCCAGCUCCCCUAUGCGUGCAGAACUCAGCAGCUGUACAUCAGGAAGAGCCGGCCAACCCCAUCAGCGCUAUUGAACUCAACCCAAAGGAGCUGUCCAACUCCAUCGUGGUGCUGAACCGAGCUAGAGCAACACAGCUGGGAAAGCUGUCUAUCCGCGCCGCGGUGCUGAACUCAGCAACAUCCGCUCAGCAAGGAGCUGUCCAUCCUGCCGCGGUGCUGAAAGCUGACUCCUCUCCGACAUCUUUCCAGCUGCAAGAACAGCAGCAGGAAGAGACAGCGGCUACUGUGGAACAUGGAGGGAAAGGGCUCCCGGAAGAGCAGCAAUAAGGCUGACUGCACCGCGCUGUAUUUGCGCUGAUCGGUUCCAUCCCAGCCCGCUCUCGCUGUUUGGACACAAAGCCACCCGCAGCCAUGGAAGAGGAGCUGAAAUGUCCCGUGUGCGGCUCGCUGUUCCGGGAGCCCAUCAUCUUGCCCUGCUCGCACAAUGUCUGCCUGCCUUGCGCCCGAACCAUCGCCGUGCAGACGCCGGAGACGGAGCAGCACCUGCCCGCCAUGCUGCACCCCCGGGGCCCUGCGGCAGCGCCGGGGGCCGGGGCCGGAGCCUCCGGACCAGCCUCUCUCGACUACGACUGCGGGGCCGGAGGGGGCAGCGGAGCAGGCGGAGGGGGCGGCGUGGAUCAUGCGGACAAGCUGAGCCUGCACAGCGAGACCGACAGCGGCUACGGCUCCUACACCCCGAGCCUUAAGUCUCCCAACGGGGUGCGGGUUCUGCCCCUGGUGCCACCUCCUCCGGGCUCCUCGGCGGCGGCGGCCCCUCGGGGUGGAGGCACCAGCUCCUCGCUGACCUGCCCGCAAUGCCACCGCAGCGCCUCGCUGGACCAUCGCGGCCUACGCGGCUUCCAGCGCAACCGGCUCCUGGAGGCCAUCGUGCAGCGCUACCAGCAGGGCCGGGCCGCCGCCUCGGCCGCCGCCAAGUGCCAGCUGUGCGACCGCAGCCCCCCCGAGCCGGCCGCCGUGAUGUGCGAGCAAUGCGAGGUGCUCUACUGCGCCUCUUGCCAGGUCAAGUGCCACCCGUCCCGGGGGCCCUUUGCCAAGCACCGCUUGGUCCCUCCGCCCAGCCAGCAGGGAGCCCCGAGCGGAGCGAGCGGCGGAGCAGCUGGUGGCGGCGGCGGGGGCAGCAAAGCGCCCGGGGCUGCGCGCAAGCCCCCGACCUGCGCGGAUCACGAGCUGGAGAACUACAGCAUGUACUGCGACUGCCGGACUCCCGUCUGCUACCAGUGCCUGGAAGAAGGCAAGCACGCCAAGCACGAGGUGAAGGCCUUGGGGGCCAUGUGGAAGCAGCACAAGGCACAACUGUCUCAGGCUUUAAAUGGCAUUUCAGAUAAAGCAAAGGAAGCAAAGGAAUUUCUGGUUCAGCUGAAAAAUAUACUACAGCAGAUACAGGAAAAUGGCUUGGACUAUGAAGCCUGUCUGGUGGCUCAGUGUGAUGCCUUGGUUGACGCUUUGACUCGCCAGAAGGCAAAACUGCUCACAAAAGUUACCAAAGAGCGUGAACACAAGUUAAAGGUUGUUUGGGACCAGAUAAACCACUGUACUCUGAAACUUCGCCAGUCUACAGGGCUUAUGGAAUAUUGUCUUGAAGUAAUCAAAGAAAAUGACCCUUCUGGGUUUUUACAGAUUUCAGAUGCUUUAAUCAAACGUGUUCAAGUGUCUCAGGAGCAGUGGGUCAAAGGAGCUCUGGAACCCAAAGUAUCUGCUGAAUUUGAUCUCACUCUGGAUAGCGAGCCAUUGUUGCAGUCAAUUCAUCAGCUGGACUUCAUUCAGAUGAAAUGUAGGGUGCCGCCAGUCCCACUCCUGCAGCUGGAGAAGUGCUGCACUCGAAACAACAGCGUGACCCUCGCCUGGAGGAUGCCACCUUUUAGCCAUAACCCAGUGGAAGGUUACAUCUUGGAACUCGAUGAUGGAGACGGUGGCCAAUUCCGAGAAGUGUAUGUUGGUAAGGAGACCCUAUGCACUAUUGAUGGCCUUCAUUUCAACAGUACAUACAAUGCAAGAGUCAAAGCCUUUAAUUCAUCAGGAGUGGGUCCUUAUAGCAAGACUGUUGUUUUACAGACUUCUGAUGUGGCCUGGUUUACAUUUGAUCCCUCUUCAGCCCAUCGGGACAUAGUCCUUUCAAACGACAAUCAGACUGCUACUUGCAGUAGCUAUGAUGACCGCGUCAUCCUGGGCACAGCAGCUUUCUCAAAGGGGAUCCACUACUGGGAACUGCAUGUAGACCGUUAUGAUAACCAUCCAGAUCCAGCCUUUGGAAUUGCUAGAAUCAACGUCGUCAAGGACAUGAUGCUAGGAAAGGAUGACAAGGCAUGGGCUAUGUACGUUGACAACAACCGCAGCUGGUUCAUGCACUGCAAUUCUCACACCAAUCGAACAGAAGGGGGUGUUUCAAAAGGUGCAACUGUAGGAGUUCUUCUGGACCUCAACAAGCACACCCUGACCUUUUACAUAAAUGGGCAACAGCAGGGACCUCCAGCAUUUGAAAAUGUGGAGGGCGUCUUCAUGCCUGCAUUAAGCCUCAACCGAAACGUGCAGGUGACUCUGCACACAGGACUCGAGGUACCUCAGACUGUCAGACCACCAAAGCUGCCGAGCAACUGAGCUCCUCUUACGUAAAUCUGAGCUGGAUUUUAUAAUCUUUCUAAAUAGAUUUUGGCAUAAAUAUAUACAAAGCAUUCGCCAUUUAGAUCAAAAUCAGAAUUGGUUAUUAGACUUAAGUAACCUAACGCUGUUUUUUGUCUACAUGCAUUUCAAAAUGUUACAGCCUUCUGAGAGUCGCUUGCAUCACCAAAUUUCCUGUGCAUUAGCAGUGCGUGAAACCUGAUUGGUCUGCCCAUCUAAAGUCAAUCACAUAAGUGGAUUGUUUUAAUAUCAAAAAAUGCCUCAUUUUCCUUUUCAUCCAUUUUCCCUUUAGCCACUCAUGUGGCACGUGCCAGAGAAAGUGAAAAGUACUUUAUCACCAUUGAUUAGACUGGGAUUAAAUUCACUGUUGUUAUUGUUUUCCAUUCUGGUCUCUGAAUGUGAUGUACUGAUGUGGACGAUAACACUCCAAAUACUGUAGGUACUGUUUGGGUAUAAAGGACCCAGCCCCACUGGUGGGGAUUUGGACAAAGUGACCUCUGAGGCAUCCUCUAGAUUUGGGCAUGAUGAAACAGGAAUGAAAUUGUUUGUGAUCCCACUGAGGUCAGUAGCAUAAUUCUCAGUGAUUCCACUGUGAGCAAGGACUUAAUUUUUAAAGCAAUAUAUGCUGCAGGCCUCAAACUGAUUGCUGCAGAGUAGUGCUACCAGACCUCUGCAAUGGUGUAGCUGCUUGCAGCACUUGACUGGAGCUCAUGCAGCACUAAUGUACCGUAACUUCAUGAUUUGUGACUUUGUGGUUGAGAAUAUAAUCAAAUGAUUUGCAAACAGAGCAGAUCUCUGGGAGAGAUUCACUCAUUAAAACACAGAUAAGAACAUGUGGGGCAACAAAGCAGAGAUCCCAUAUCUACUCAGUAAAAUAAUAAUAAAUCUUUAACAUCUUUAUGUGAUUUUAGAUCCUCUUCUUUUACCUAUGUCCCCCACUCCACCUUUCUAGUCAAUAUUCUAUUAUUCAACAGGAUUUAAUUAACAAAACCGCUAAACCAUAUGCCAUUCAUAUCCUCCUUCUUCUAGUCUAGCAAAAUGGACUUUGCUUAACUUAUCACUCAUACAUAUUCUUCCACAAGUAUUUGUUGGAUUGCAGUUAAGCCCUUUUCAAAGUUGUUUCAUGGCUUUCUGAGAUGCCAGCUGAGUCAAUCCCUCAGCAUGUAGCAACAACUUCGUUUUUAGGGCCAAACUAGAUGUGACAUUAGCUGUGUCUCUGCAUUUAGCACACUUAAAAAAUAAUAAAAAUUAGCUGAUGUGGUGCUAUUCAUUGGCAGCCAGGGUGGGUGGGUUGCUCCCAGCUCAAAGAGCAGCUUCAAAGGAAUGAUUUUAGUAAGGAUGAAUCUCUCCACCCUGCUUCUGUGAUCCCAGUAGUUACCUAUCCCUGAUGUACUUUAAAUGCAAAUAUGCAUUUAGUAUGAGGUCUAGUGGCCAGGUUCAGGCAUUUUUUCUUGGCUUCAUAAACCAUGGUCCAAGUGGACUACUCCUUCUUUCUUUACCCCUCCUCUCCUUAUGCCAGCUUCAGCACUUAAUCAUUGGUUUGACAUUAAGCCAGAGUUCCCCAUUACGUCUGAACCAGGGAGAUCUGGGUUAAUCGCCAUUAAUUAACUAGGAUACUAAACCUGGUUAGUUAAUGAGAUUAAGGCUGGAUCUAGACACAUCAAAAAAACUGUUUCUGGAAAAUGUGUUGUAAAACUCAUAAUGGGAAAUCACGUUGCCAAAG